AUGACGACGAAAUUUGACAUAUCUCCUGAAAAGCAGGCAAGUGUGCCUCGUUUCUUCUACCAACAACUUACCUUUACACCUGCCGAAGUACGAGAUGUAAGUCUUCAAGGAAAGACAGCUAUUGUGACUGGGUCAAAUACGGGAGUAGGGUUUGAGACAAGUCGCCAGCUGCUAGACCUAGGUGUUAGCAAGCUCAUUCUCGCUGUGCGCAAUGAAGACAAAGGAAAAGCCGCCAUGGCUAAGCUGAUCUCCUCGACCGCUCGCAAAGACCUGAGCGAAGAUACCAUCGAGGUAUGGAACUUGGAUCUUGCCAUAUACGCCUCAGUGGUUGCAUUUGCCAAGCGUACCAAGAGUCUUGAUCGUCUAGACAUUGUCGUUCUCAACGGCGGUAUAGCACCUGCAAAACGAGUGUUCAACAUACAAACCGGCCACGAUGAGAUGAUCCAGGUUAAUUAUCUAUCGACAGCCCUUCUAGCUAUUUUAAUACUUCCUAUUAUUAAGGAGAAAAGGGCUAAUCAGGAACAUCCCAGUCGCAUUACACUGGUGUCAUCUGAACCUGGGAACAUAGACAUGCUAGACCGAAUGUUUGUAUCUAAACUCCUCGGUCAAUUCUUUCUGACCGAGCUCGCAAGGAUUGUACCUGUCUCGGUGGCGGUCAUCAAUGCAGCAUCACCUGGCACCGUCCACGACUCGGAUUUCAACCGUGAACACGACAAGACAUUCUCAGGCGCCAUUGCUAAAAAAAUAAUGCGCCGCAUAGGUUCGACAUCCGCAGUUGGUGCCUGUAUGAUCACAGAUGCUGCAGUUCAGCAUGGCGAGGAGACGCAUGGCCAGUUUCUGUCUUUUCAGAAGGUGGUACCGAUGGCACCGAUUUUAUAUACAGAAGAGGGAAAAAGUAUUUCAAAACGCCUUUGGAAAGAGACAAUGGCCGAGUUUUCAUUCGCAAAGGUCGAAAAUAUUUUACAGGAGAUAUGUGAGGAUCUAGCAACUGGAGACAUUGAAUGA